AGCACACGAAGCAGCAAAUAUUACAAAGAUGUGUUUUUUAAUUAAAUUGAUUAUAGCUCUUCUAAAAAAUCCAGAAUCUUUAAGAAACUUUGACACUUUCUUUCUUCGUGAAGAAAAGUGAUAAGGAGCAUUGACAAUCUUCUAGUGAUAAUCAUUUUUGACGACGUCAGCUCAGGAUAGGUUAUCAAACUUCUGGCCUGUAACAAAUAAGUGGAAAGUUCUAUGCAAUUCUUCAGUCGUCAUCGAGUAGUUAUUGAGAAUGGAAUGGACAUACAUUUUAGCUUCAGCAGCAGCUUUUGUGGUUGCGAUUUAUUAUUUCUUAACUUGGAAAUACGAUUAUUGGAUAAAACAGGGAAUACCUUCUGCCCCUAAAGCCAUACCAGUUUUUGGACACAUGUGGUCAGUCCUUUCUCUCAAAGAAAGUUUUCCAAGUCUGUGUGAAAAAUUGUAUAAGAGCAACUUGAAUUCAAGUAUGGUAGGGUUUUUCCAAUUGAAAACACCAACAAUACUUCUUUGUGAUCCUGAACUUGUAAAGGACAUUUUGGUCACUAACUUUGCAAGCUUCCAUGACAACGAACUCACACUUCAUUCGAAAUUGGAUCCUUCGAUGAGUGACACUCCGUUUUUUGCAAAAGGUAAUGUUUGGAAGGAAACUCGAUCUGUUAUGACAAAUGGCUUUUCUAACAAAAAAUUGAAGUUGCUGUUUGCAUUGGCUCGAGAGGUAUCGUUUAAACUGAAUAAGUAUUUGGAAAAAAAGGCUGAAGAAAAAAAUAUCGUGGAAUUGGAUUUAUUGCACUUUUGGACGAAAUACACUGGAGAGUUCGUGGCGAAUGUUGGAUUUGGAGUAGAGGGUCAUUGUUUUGAAGAUAAGCCUGUGACAUUUCAAACAGUCGUUGAGCCCAUGUUUGACUUUUCUAGUUUUGGGAGAGAAAAGGAGAUGAUACUUUUCUUUUUGCCAAAGUUGGCUAAAAUUUUGGGAAUAGCCAGGGUGCCUAAGGAUGUUGAGAGCUUCCUUGCACAUCUUGUAAAAGAUGUAGUCCAAACCCGAAAAAAUGACAAUGCAAUCCACAACGAUUUCCUGCAGAUGAUGAUUGAUUAUCAGAGGUCUCACGGUCUAGAAAUUCCUGACGAGAAAACCUUGCUAGUGAUAAUGGAAAGCUUUUUCCUAGAAGCCUACGAAUCCGCAAGCAUCGCCCUAAGCUUCCUGUGCUUUCAGCUAGCUUGUCAUCCCGAAAUUCAGGAAAAAGUUCGACAAGAAGUAUAUACAGUUCUCUCAAAAUACAAUGGAGAAUUAGAUUACGAAGCCCUCCAGGAUUUAACUUACAUGGAACAAGUCCUCUAUGAAACUCUAAGGCUGGAACCUGCAAUACCAAUACUUUCAAAACACUGCACAAAAGAAUGUCAUCUUAAGGGCCCUGAUGGACUUUCCUGUCGCGUUAAACCCGGAGAUGUAGCAGUUGUAUCUAUGUACGGUCUUCAUAUGGAUCCCAAAUAUUGGUCUGAACCAGAAAAGUUUGACCCUGAGCGUUUCAAUGAGAGCCAAAAAUCUAGUCGAUCUAAGUACAUUUUCUUGCCAUUUGGAGAGGGUCCCAGAAUUUGUGUAGGUAAGCGAAUGGCGCUGAUAGAAAUGAAAGUCGCAAUGGUUCAAAUUUUGAAAAACUAUUCUUUGGAACUUUCUAAUAAAACUGUUCUCCCCAUGAAAAGAGACACCAGUUUUUCUACUUAUCCAGAAGACGGUUUGUGGGUGAAUGUGAAGCUUCUACAGAAAGUGAAAAGUCAUGGUUAAGUUUCUUAAAUUCGAAAAAAUAAUAUCGAUUAGAUUCUUUUUGUAUUUAAAAAAGUGUUGAAAUCAUUGCAUUAAGAAAGUACAAAUAUGCUUAGGAUAUAACAUAGUUUUCGUAGGUACAGAAAAAAGAGAUAUUGCCACUUUUAAAUUCUGACAUUCUUUUUCAAAUUAGGUUGAGAAAAUUUCUCGUAACUUGGAGAAAAUGUUCUUUUCUGUCUAUCUAAUAUUACGUCACGUUAUUAUUAUAUCCUUAUAGUUAUUAUAAUUUAUACUUGGAAUGUAAUAUACAUAGGCGACCUUUUUCUAACUUUUAAAAGCUAAAAUUAAGAAGAAAGACGAUAAUAUUUACUUAUUGUCUACAUAUCUAUGUGUAGUAUUUAUUAUCCAUAAAUAUCUGUACUGAGCAAAUAUGUCUCGAAUGUGAAAAGCUUAUCUAAAUUUCCAGACAAACAUUAUGUUGUUAUCAAAUAUUUGUAUUUGUACGUGAAUUAAGGUUUUGAAAAAUUUCGAGAUAACAUAAUUAAUUAUGAUAUGUGAGACAGUUAUAUCUUGAUAAGAGAAUCCCCUUAUCAAACAUUUAUUGUCGAAAAAAUCUUUAUUCUGUGAAAAUAA